CUGUGUGUGCUGUGCAUAUUGGGUAUGCUGUGUAUGUGUUGUAUGCUGUGUGUUUUGUGAUGUGUGCUGUAUGUGUUGUAUGCUGUGUGUGGUGUGUGGUGUGUACUGUGUGUUGUAUGCUGUGUGUGUUGCAUGCUGUGUGUUGUGUGUUCUGUGUGUGCUGCGUGUACUGUGUGUUGUAUGUGCUGUAUGUGUGCUAUGUGCUGUGUGUGCUGUGUGUUAUGUGCUGUGUGUGUGCUGGGUGCUGGGUGUUGGUGUGUGCUGUGUGUGCUGGGUGUGUGUUGUGUGUGCUGUGUGUUGUGUGCUGGGUGUGUGCUGUGUGCUGUGUGUGUGUUGUGUGUGCCAUGUGCUGUGUGCUGUGUGUGCUGUGCUGUGUGUGUGCUGUGUGUGUGUGUUGUGUGUGCCGUGUGUUGUGUGCUGUGUGUGCUGUGUGUGGUGUGUGCUGUGUGUGUGUUGUGUGUGCCUUGUGUUGUGUGUGGUGUGUGGUGUGUGCUGUGUGUGUUGUGUGCUGUGUGUGCUGUGCUGUGUGCUGUGUGUGGUGUGUGUGCUGUGUGUGUGUUGUGUGUGCCUUGUGUUGUGUGUGGUGUGUGGUGUGUGCUGUGUGUGCUGUGUGUGCUGUGUGUUGUGUGCUGUGUGUGCCGUGUGUUGUGUGCUGUGUGCUGUGUGUGACGUGUGUUGUGUGCUGUGUGCUGUGUGUGCUGUGUGUGUGGGGAGGCGGGUGGAGAGAGACUGGCCUGCCCAUGUCCCGGGGGUCCUGCUCUCCCCUGGGCCCCCCCGCCCGCCCCCACGGGGCUUUGACCUUCGCUGUCCAGCCGAGCCUGAGCCUCAGCCCCCCAGCUGCCCGGCUCUGCAGGGGGCUCCUGCCCGGCCCCUCCUGCCCGCCCCGCUGGGGGGCUCGGCCCCAUUGCCGAGAGGCGUGGCCAGGCCGGGCCCUCGCGCCACCUGUCCGGCCUCCCCGAGCCAGGACUGGACGGACGGACGGUCCCCGCAGCCUCGCCCCGCCCUCCAGGUCAGUGUCGCGCUCGGGGACGGGGACUUGGUCGCGGGCAGGCGGGUGAGGGACAGUGCGGGCGGGUGA